GAAAGCCCCAUUUCAGCACCUCGGCAAAUGCACGAGAAAAACCAGUCUUGAACAAACAACGAAGCUUGUCGGAUGAUUCUUUUAGUUCGCGCGAAGGAUCAUCUGUUUGACAGUUUUAGCGUGUUCCGCAAUUCAAUUGUUUUACGGAUUCUGAGGAGAUUUCGGAGAAAUUUUCAAUUUUACUGAAUUAAAACUAUUUUAGAGAUUGGAAUAUAAAUUGAUUAUUCCUCAAGAGUGUUCUUUUCAAAUUGAAAGUGAUUUUCCGGGAAAUAUUUGGUCAAGGACCCUUGAAGGACUACGGAAGGAGUGAACAUUUUUCGGAAGAAGAGAAAUCUUCCGGAAAAAAAGUGAUAAGGUAGUGAUGUACGAUAGGAUGUGGUGAAAAAUGAGUGAACUUGAUCCGGAGAGUGUGUGAUAAAGCUGAUAGGUCAAAGACGCGUUAAGAUGCCCCGGCCAUCGCGCGAAUCGUAUGGCGACCAGAAACCACCAUAUUCCUACAUCUCCCUCACAGCUAUGGCAAUUUGGAGUUCACCCGAGAAGAUGCUGCCCCUCAGUGAGAUUUACAAGUUCAUCACGGAUCGCUUCCCGUACUACCGGAAGAACACACAGCGCUGGCAGAAUUCCCUGCGUCACAAUCUCAGCUUCAAUGACUGUUUUGUGAAGGUACCGAGGAGGCCGGAUAGACCAGGAAAGGGUGCCUACUGGACCCUUCAUCCUCAGGCCUUUGAUAUGUUUGAGAAUGGUAGUCUCUUGAGGCGUCGGAAGCGCUUCAAAUUGCACAAAUCGGACAAGGAUCUCCUCAAUGAAGAGCUAGCCGCUCUUGCCAAUAUCAAUCGUUUCUUCUUCACGGGGCACGACAGCAUGCCGGAUACCUUGCCACCACCUCUACCACCAUCUCCAGCGGCUCCGGCUGCCAUGGUGAGUCCACCGUUGCGUCCUAGGACACCGUCACCAGCAGCCACCCACCUGCCCAGCGAACGGGCCACGCGUCCCAAACGCGCUUUCACCAUCGAAUCUCUCAUCAUGCCAGACCGCAAGGAGGCAGCUCCUGAGGAUACAGCACGACGCCACCCGCCGCCACCACCUCAUGCGCCGCCUGUGGGUUUACCUGCACCAUUUCUGCAGUACCCACCCCACCCGCCACUCCCCUACGACCUACCCGUGCAUCCGCUGCUCAUGAUGACAGCGCCUCUGGGUGGCCUACAACCCGCCUACUUCGGACAGGCCGUCUAUCCUGCCCUAGCACUGCACCAUCAUGCUCCUGAGCUCGCCCGGGUACCCACGUCAGCCCUGAGAACAGUUUGAAGGCUGGUAGGAAGUCCUAGUCCAGAUCCAAUUGCCAGUAGGUCGGCCUAUAUUCAGUGAGUCUCUCUGUAUUUAAGAGGAAUCUGUAGGAAAUCUGUAGAGAAGAUCUAACUGGAAACUAAAGGGUUCAAACUGGAAGCUUAAUCCUAUUUGACAAAGCCUCCGCAAAAACCAUUAAGUUGCAAUUGUGAUAAAUACUUGUUUUCAUUUACCCCAAACCCUUCGUUAGGUUUCCAUUAAAUUGAAGUGGCAGAAAUGUCAAAAACCAAUUUUAUUUCUACACAUAUCAAUUUUGUGGAAGUCUACAGAUAUUCUACUGUUCACUUUUAAAUUAGAUUUGACCAGAAAUAAUUGUGUAUCUUGGAAAUAUUCGUAUAAUUGGAAUUUGUUCACUGAAACAGCAAGAUUUUUAUUGCAAAUACAGCACUAAACGUCAAAAUUUUAUAUCUGAAAAACUCAUAAAUUUAUUGUAAACAACAUUUGAUCCAAUUUUUAAAAAAAAAUAAUAUCUCUUCGUGUCAAUAAGGAAGUAAACUGAUAAAUAGCAUUGAAUGAUUUCUUACAAAAAUAAGAAAAAAAAUUGGAAAAUGACAGAUGCAUGCAACUUUGCAGAUCUUAUUUUACAAAGCACAUAUUUUAUUAAAUCAUAAAUCAAGGAAAAUUGAAAUUGAAAUUGCAUUUCAUCUCAUAAAAACUCCGUAUGAAAUGUUUUCAAUAGUUAUGCUUCACGUUUCAUGACUUUUAUUUAAAAUAACAUAGUCUUUUUCGUGAUCGUUAUAUUAACCUUGUUACAGUUCCAAAACUUAAUUGUUAAACCAAUGGAAAAAAAUGCUGUCAAACAAAUUUUCCUCGUUGCUUGAGUCAAAAAUUCUUAUACCUGCUAUGACAAAUGCUGAUUCAAGCGACAAGAUAGAAACGGAAAAUUUCAUCAAUAUUUCUUGUCUUAAUAAAAAUAAAACAUAAACCUUGAAACAUUUGCAAUGGCUGAAAUUUUCCUAGACAAAAGUAUUAGUCAUUCUGUUGGUAUGUAUUAUUCAAAAUGUACAUAAAAGGGUUUACUUUGCAAUAAAAAAAUUUAUUAAAAUGGUCUGUUGCAAAGUUGCCAAUUAGUAGAGUUGAUACACGCGACGAUUUAUUCCAGGGAUCAAUAUACAAAUACAAAACCCCUGACUAUUUUCUCUAAAAAGUUCUUUAACAAAGUCAAUAAAUAAAUCAAUAAAUUUUGCAGAAAAGAUUUUAUAUCAUUCGAGGACUUUAGAAGAUAAAAAAAUAACGAGAAGAUAUGAAACAUUGGUAAUUGUUGAUAUUCUUCAUGUUUCUAUCUUUUAGUCAAGGGGUGAUUCAUACAGGAAAACCGAUGUCCGUUGCCCGAGAAACGAUUUUCUAAACCCGAGAAUACCCGAAAAUUGUUUCGUGAAACUCCAAAAACCCAAAAAUUCGUGAAACCCCAAAAAACCCAAUGAAAGUUUCUUGAAAUCAAUUGUUUGACGAGCACCAAGAAAUUCGAAAAUUAUUUCGCAAAAUCUUGCAAAUUCGAAAAUUGCGAAACCCGAGAAACUCAGAAAUAGAAGCUACAGAAAAGGUGCAAAACCUAAAAGAAAAAAUUCUAAACGCCCCAUAAAAGCAAUUUUCUCGGAACUUUAAUACUUUAAAAACGAGUGGGACCGGUGUCCCAAAAAUAAGAGUAAUUUUUUUGACUAUAGAACGUUAUUUUGACCUCUAAAUAGUCCGAAAACUUAGUUUUUAUUUCUAGGACUCCGGUGCCCAAUUCGUCUUAAAAGGGUUAACAAACCCCACUAUCCAACUGAUCCCCUAUAUACGGUUUAACCCUAUACGGGGCUUAUAAUUCACUUGGCUUAUAAUUGUUUUGUGAACGUGAAACCUGACAAAGUGUACAAUAGCUUCGCUGAACUUGAUAAGUCCAACAAAUCUAUCGCUUAAAGCCGAGAAUCUCGGAAAAAGAAGUUUCACGAAACCUUCUAAACCGAAAGAACAAGUUUCUAGAAGCCAAAAAAACUGAAAAAUAAGUUUCUAUUGAAGCCUGAGCAGUUCACUAAUUAUUUUGCGGAACCCGAUAUAAUAGAAAAUUGUUUCGUUUAACUUGAGAAACCUAUAAAAUGUUUCGCAAAACCCGAGAAACUCAGAAAAAAGUUUCACGAAACCGGAGAAACCCAAAAAUAAGUUUUACAAAACCAAAUAAACUUAAAAAAGAGUCUCGCGAACGGUUGAAACAUUCGAAAAUAUUUGUGAAACUCGAGAAAUCAGAAACCUUUCUCAGUGAAAUUAGAAAUGAAUCGCCACUGAUUUUUGUGGUUUCCUGUCUUUUUUUUUAAUAAUUUUUAUUUGUUUUUCGUAAUAAGGAGGAAUGGACAAAAAUCUAUGGGAACUGAUUGAAUCCUUUGCCAGAUAUGGAACUGGAUCCACUUUUUAUCUAUUCGUGAAUGAUAUAAGAAUUACCAAGAUCUGAGCCAAAAAAGACUGUCAGCAAGGGCGUAGCGAGAAAUGGACAGGGAAAGGCCAUUGCCACCCCCUAUACGAUAUUCGCUAAAUAAAAAAAAAAA